CCUAAACCUGACCUAAUAGUUCAACUACUAGAUUAUUGCUAGGCGCCGGUGCGCCUAUGCCUGUCACUCAUUUUGGGCAGGGGGGUCAAUCUGCCCAUCAUCCCCGUUUCUGCUCGCUCUACCACCACAGAGAUGGGGAAAAUUCUUCAUACUACUAUCGUACCGGCUCACCACCUGCUAGUAGUCCCUUUUUCCGUUUUUCCGUCGCUUUGCAAUCGAUAUUGAAGACUUCGAUACACUCGGGCCACUUCACAGAAGUUGCAACCAGCAAUAGGUUCGCCUUGCUACUAGUACCGUCAAUAAUUUCUGUGCAACUUCUUGUCUGUUCAGCCUCAGCCGGAAUUUGCAGCACUCGAUUGAAUUUUCACCAUGGUUAAAAGAAAGCGAGGCGUCGAAGCCGUAACUUCAAAAAGCACUUCUGACGGCCAGGCUGAGACCGCAAAAGUCACAAAAACGAACGGGCACAUUGAUGUCAAGACUGCUGUUCCCGUCAUUCAAAUUGUUGCUGGCUCAUAUGAACGUGUCCUUCACGGUAUCACUGCGACUAUUUCAGAUCUCUCGUCGUCGAAGUCUUCCCCAUCCGUUCAAUUCACGGAUUCCUUCUUGUUCAACGCUCACGCCUCAGGGGUACGAUGUCUAGCAUUGUCUCCUAUGCCCGGGCCGGAGUCCUCGGAAAACCAGAGCGUGUAUCUGGCCACCGGAGGUUCUGACGAGAAAAUCAAUGUCUACAGUCUUUCCGCAUCACCAGUGGCUUCCAAGGACAGAAUCCCAAUGCCAUCGUUGGGGAACAAUGCCAUUUCAGAAGAUCCCAGAAACCGGGAGCUAGGUACUCUCAUGCAUCACUCAUCCUCGAUCACCGCCUUGCAUUUUCCAACCCGGUCAAAGCUACUCUCUGGCUCAGAGGAUAACACGAUUGCGGUCACGAGGCUAAAGGAUCUCACCGUGGUCUCCACCAUCAAAGCACCACGACCGAAAGUGCAAGGCCAACCAAGCGGCGAUACUGCGCCUCCCGGUGCCACACCUGCCGGCAUCAAUGACUUCGCCGUCCAUCCCAGUCUCAAGCUUAUGCUCAGUGUUGGCCGAGGUGAAAGAUGCAUGCGUUUGUGGAACCUGGUGACCGGCAAAAAGGCCGGCGUGCUCAACUUCAACCGUGAUGUCUUGCAGAGUGUGAAAGAGAGCAAAUACAGCAGCGGGGAAGGAAGAAAGAUACGAUGGCAUCCUGACGGCGCCGAAUUCGCCGUCGCUUUUGAGAGGGGAGCUGUGGUCUUUGGAGAGGAUUCGAAGGCUAAAUGCAAGGUUUUGCCAGAGCCCCUAACCAAGCUCCAUCAGAUGAGCUAUCUAUCGCUGUCUAUCUCUGAGAAGGAGGAAUUGGCCAUGUUGGUCGUCUCGACUGAGGAUGGCCGUGUCCUUUUCUACAGAACUGACGAGUUGACCAAAUCCGCCGCGAAUGGGACCAGCGGAGACUCGCCGUCGAUACCGAACGCCACUCUUUGCGCCAGUGUGGGUGGACGGUCGGCUGGGGUAAACAACCGCAUUAAAGACUUUGAGGUCCUGUUUCUUCCAGGGACUCAACAAGAGCAGCAAGAUCUGGGAAUAGUAGCCGCAAGCAGCGACGGCACGAUCCGGAUCUUCCAUAUUUCCAGUACGGAUAUUUUGACUGCCAUUAAGUCACGGAAGCAUGCCCAGUUGGGUACGGUGAUUGGCUCAUAUGAAACAGGCAAUAGAAUCACCUGCCUGAAAGCAUUUGUUAUGCUGCCACCAUCUACACACGAUGAUGAGUUGGGAGAUGAAGAUAGCGAUUUCGGCGGGUUUGACGGAACAGAGGAGGAAAGCGAAGGCGAAAGUAGCAGUGAGGAUGACUAAAGGAUACGGAAUGCAAAUUGAAAGGAUGUCAGAAAGGCACCUUCAAGAAAAAGAAUACUAGUAUUUAUCCUCUACCCCUCCGUCUAUUGACGUGUAUUCCCAAAUCGUGCUGACUAUGAUUUAUCCCUUGCAGCCUGCGCCAUAAGAGUAGUAGCAAACGUGCCCAUAGGGUGUCUGGCAAGUAGAAGAUUGGCAGGUGUUCCUGGCCUGUAAAUACAACACUUGCGCCACGGUUGUUUGCAAUCCUUCAAGUUGAACUCGCUGAAUUCGGAAGUCGUUGCGCUACUUUUGCUUGGAUGAUUCAAGCUUGGAUGGUGAAAGGCCCAUCUUGGACAAGCC